GGCUGUGGUGCGAACAGCACCCGCGUCAAGAACGAUGGAGUGCCCUCCUGUGUUUGCAACUCUGGCUUCGUGCUGCAGGCUGAUGGCAGGACGUGCAUCGAUGCCUGCAAAAUCUAAGGCUGUGGUACUUACAGCAGCUGUGUCAAGACCGAUGGAGUGGCCUCCUGUGUUUCUGACUCUGGUUUCGUGCUGCAGUCGGAUGGCAGGACGUGCAUCGGGAAGUGCUGAGUGUUGUGACUCUGUGCUCAAGAUGCCUGCAGGGUUCUGCGUUGUGGCUCAUACAGCCGCUGUGUCAAGACCAAUGGAGUGGCGUCUUGUGUUUGCUACACUGGUUACGUGCUGCAGUCAGAUGGCAGGACGUGCAAGUAGUCCGCAGGAG